AAAAGACUGAAAAUAAGGAGAAACCGAAGAGGCAACAAUGAAUGACAUUGAUACAAGUUUUGAAAAAUGAUGAACAUAUAGCUGAGAGAUGGGGAGUGUAAGGAGGACUUUGGUGAUAACAUGAAUUUUAUUGGCAACAAAAUGGAAAACAAACGAACUUAUAUUGUUAAAGACAGGAAUAAAAAUAAGAAAAACUUUGGAUUUGAAAGACUCUAACCAAAAAAAAGAAAGGAAUUGUGACAGACACUCUUACCCAUUUUGAAAAUGGUGGAUAGUUUUCAGAAAAACAAGAAAAUAGCUUAAAAUACAGAAUGCAUAUAUAGUUUUACAAAUACCACAGAUUUUAUGUUUAAGAAAAAAAUCAUUAAUCAUUAGUACCAUUUUAAAAAAAUAAAGUUUUAUACAUUGGUAUCCACUCAUUUAAACCUACCCUUAAUCUCAAUUGGGAAAAUUGCAUUCUGUAAAUCUGAUUAUAAUUUUUCAUCUUUUCAUUCCCAACUCUAAAAAGAAAGCAAAUCUCCUAACUUUAGAUAUUUUCAAAGUCUGUUUUAUUUGUUUCCUGUUUUUGUGUUCUCUUUUGCUUGAUGGUAGGAUCUGUAAUUUAACAAGGGAGGACUGUUACAUUCCACAACAUCUGAUCUCUGUGAAAAAAGUAUCAAGCUUUGUGCUUGAUGCUUCUCUCUCUUACCAUCUGGGGAUAUAAGUGUUACUUCCAAGACUUGAGUGUUUGAUAUUAUUAGUCUUAAAAGAUGGAGCAGUGCCAAGAGAGGAAGUUUGCGUGUAGGUUCUGCAGCAAGAGGUUCCCUUGUGGUAAAUCACUUGGAGGUCACAUCAGAACUCACAUGAACCACGAGAACUCAGCUGAUUCAGAUGAACUCAAUAAUCUCAGAGUCGACGAAAAUGGAGGCAACUCUAGCUACGGUCUGAGAGAGAAUCCUAAAAAGAACAAGAGGUUUGUGGUUCAAAGAAGCAUGAUGGCUCUGAAACAUCAACAACACCAACAGCAACUUCUUUAUUGCAGAGAAUGUGGUAAAGGCUUCCCUUCUUCUAAAGCUCUUUGUGGUCACAUGGCUUGUCACUCCGAGAGAGAGAAGAUUGUGAUGGAUAGUCAAUCUGAGACUGAAGCUUCUUCAUCACCUACCAGGAGAAGAUCCAAGAGAGUUGUUGGUGGUAGCAUCAUGAAUCAGUACGGUUCAGCAUCUUCUGAUGACACUGGGAUUGAGCCUGAACAAGAGGAAAUGGCAUUGUCUCUGAUGAUGAUGUCUAGAGACUCAAGUUUCAAGAAAGGACAUAACAUGGCUGAGUCUUCAGACUACUCUGUGAUACUUGAGACCAAGUCAUCUUCAGGAGAACAGCUGAAGAAAUUUUGUAAGCAAGACAAACUUGGAGGAGUAGAUGUUCUGUAUGAAUCAGACAAUUCUGAUUCUGGAUACUUCAGGAAUGGACCAAAGAAGUUAGACUCAGACGUUUCUGUUGAUGCUGGAUUCAUUAACAAUGCUGCAAUGGGGCUCAAUAACAGAUUCCGGAAGGAACGGUCAGGAACCGGAUCAGGUCGUUCGUCUACAAAGUAUGAUCUGAGGAAAAGCAAAAGAGGGUUUCCUUGUUACGGUCGGAAGAAAACCAAGUAUGAGUUAGCUGAAUCAGUUUAUGACAGUGGUGAUCAGCUAAGCUUGGAGACUGAAUCUUGUGCAGACACAAUCAAGAUUCAUAGUAAUAGAUCCACAAUGGUUAAGAAAGCAAGUGGUGGUGGUGCAAAGAAGAAAAGCAAAGGCCAUGAGUGUCCUAUUUGCUUCAGGGUGUUUAAAUCAGGACAAGCAUUGGGUGGUCACAAGAGAUCACAUUUCCUUGGUAAUCAUGAGCACAGGACUUUGGUGAUCCAACAACAACACCAAGUGGCUCAUGAGAUGCAUACACUCAUCGAUCUCAAUCUUCCUGCUCCUAUAGAUUAAUGCCAUCAGCAGUAACUGAAAAAUCAAGAUUUUGUUCUUCUCAUUCUUGUUUCUCCUCUGUUUUAUUUGUUCUUUGCUUCAGAUUCAAGCAUACUUUUUUUACUUUUAUUUGUUCAUAAUUAUAUCAAGCUAUUGUCCCUUGUUAGAAUUUUUUUAAAAUAUCAAACUGAUUAAAUUUGGUUA